GUGAUUUCAUUGGUGAACGUGAUCCGGGGCCUUCCAGCGCUCGCCAAUCCAGAAGUAGGAGUGAUAGGGUCAGGCGUGUGCCGCGAGAAUAGAGUGGACGGAAAGUCGGAGAGACCGAAAGGGUUGGGGGUGGGAGUAGCGGAUUAGAAGCACUUGUUGGCCUACCUAGGCGUGGGAAGCAGAGCGCAUCAGAACUCAGGCGUGCUGCCCGCCGCCGGAGUCCUGCGAGGGCAGAUAGCUAGGGUGUGGCCCUUAUCUGCACCCAGCGGAGCGCCGGCGGGGUACGGUCUUAGGACCUCGACCUCCUCCCUCAUUUUCUCUCAUCCCUACCUCUUGUGGGUUUCCCCAUGGGCCGGACCGUGGUCGUGCUGGGCGGAGGCAUCAGCGGCUUGGCCGCCAGUUACCACCUGAGCCGGGCCCCCUGUCCCCCUAAGGUGGUCCUGGUGGAGGGUAGUGAGCGUCUGGGAGGCUGGAUUCGCUCCGUUCGAGGGCCGAAUGGCGCUAUUUUUGAGCUUGGACCUCGGGGAAUUAGGCCAGCGGGAGCCCUAGGGGCUCGGACCUUGCUCCUGUUUCUCCUCUUCUGAGGGCAUGUGGAGAGCAGGUUUCUGAGCUUGGCUUGGAUUCAGAAGUGCUGCCUGUCCGGGGAGAUCACCCAGCUGCCCAGAACAGGUUCCUCUACGUGGGCGGUGCCCUACAUGCCCUACCCACUGGCCUCAGGGGGCUACUCCGCCCUUCACCGCCGUUUACCAAACCUCUGUUUUGGGCUGGACUGAGGGAGCUGACCAAGCCCCGGGGCAAAGAGCCUGAUGAGACUGUGCACAGUUUUGCCCAGCGCCGCCUUGGACCUGAGUCCCAGUCUCACCCUCAAGGUGGCGUCUCUAGCCAUGGACAGUCUCUGCCGUGGAGUGUUUGCAGGCAAUAGCCGUGAGCUCAGCAUCAGGUCCUGCUUUCCCAGUCUCUUCCAAGCUGAGCAAACCCAUCGUUCUGUAUUACUGGGCCUACUGCUGGGGCCAGGGCGGACCCCACAGCCAGACUCAGCACUUAUUCGCCAGGCCUCGGCUGAGCGCUGGAGCCAGUGGUCACUUCGUGGAGGUCUAGAGAUGUUGCCUCAGGCCCUUGAAACCCACCUGACUAGUAGGGGGGUCACUGUUCUCAGAGGCCAACCAGUCUGUGGGCUCAGCAUCCAGGCAGAAGGGCACUGGAAGGUAUCUCUAGGGGACAGCAGUCUGGAGGCUGACCAUGUUAUUAGUGCCAUUCCAGCUUCAGUGCUCAGCAAGCUGCUGCCUGCUGAGACUGCACCUCUGGCUCGUGCCCUGAGUGCCAUCACUGCUGUGUCUGUAGCUGUAGUAAAUCUGCAGUACCAAGGAGCUCAUCUGCCUGUCCAGGGAUUUGGACACUUGGUGCCAUCUUCAGAAGAUCCAGGCGUCCUGGGAAUUGUGUAUGACUCAGUUGCUUUCCCUGAGCAGGAUGGGAGCCCCCCUGGCCUCAGAGUGACUGUGAUGCUGGGAGGUUCAUGGUUACAGACACUGGAGGCGAGUGGCUGUGUCUUAUCUCAGGAGCUGUUUCAACAGCGGGCACAGGAAGCAGCUGCCACACAAUUAGGACUGAAGGAGCUGCCGAGUCACUGCUUGGUCCAUCUACACAAGAACUGCAUCCCCCAGUAUACACUAGGUCACUGGCAAAAACUAGAGUCAGCUAGGCAAUUCUUGGCCGCUCACAGGUUGCCCCUGACUCUGGCUGGAGCCUCCUAUGAGGGGGUUGCUGUUAAUGACUGUAUAGAGAGUGGGCGUCAGGCAGCAGUCAGUGUCAUGGGCACAGAACCUAACAGCUGAUCUCCAACUCUCACUCAUGAAAAUAAAAGUUGCUGGAGCUUGA